UGUUUAUAACUCUUACACCAGUAAAGUACUCGUUGGAGAAAAAUUAACGACUUAAGUCCUAAAAAAUAAUAGUAAAUAAUUAAAUUAUAUUUUGUGUCAUCUGUUAAAAAUUGUGCGCAAAAUUAUUCUUCAGUGAAUUAAUUUACAAUAAGGAAUUCGUGCGAUAAAUUUAUUAAUUUUUAUUUAAUAAUUUAGCGAUUUCCCGAGUAACGUUACCACGUGAACGUUAGACGUAACGUUAUUUAAAUCAUUACAUCACAACAAUAAAUUUUAGUUUGGUGGUAGCUUGCGGUAUUUAAAAACCAUACUGAACAGACUGGUAACCCUAAAUUUUUUAACGUCAUUUUGACAUUUCUCAUAUUCCUCAAGCUUCGAAGACAUCAAUGAAAAAAUAGUUUUUCGGGCUUCUUUCAUUUUUUUAUAGUUUGUUGCUUGUUAAUAAAUAAACAAUUAACAUAGCAACCCAAAUCGACGCAAGGCGUGUGAGAAUGAAUGCGCAGUUUCAUACACCAUCAUUCGGAGACGAGGUAAUAUUCGAUUUGCCAGACAACGAAACGGAUUGCGACACUAUAAAUAAAGUUCAAGGUGGUGCAGAAAUUUACGCCCCCAGUAGCGUUAUAAAUCAACAACAGCAGGAAGAAGGAUUAAUUCAACAACAGCAUUUUAAUACAAAGAGAAUUCGUAGCAUGGACGUGUCUGUGGAUGAGUACCAUAGCGCCAAUGAUGAAUCCUUUGCGAAUACCGCGUAUGCGGUAUCUCCAACGAAAAACGCACAAAACACACCAACAGCGACACUAGCUGCACGUAAGCAGCUAGCGCCAACGGCUACGGAUGCCAAUGAGCCCGCUAAACCGCUGUCAGCAUACGGACUAUUCUUUCGUGAUACUGUUAGCGCAAUAAAACAACAAAAUCCCAACUGUACUUUUCAAGAGUUGUCGCGCAUCGUCUCAUCUAUGUGGGAGGCACUAGAUGUGAGCCAUAAAAAUGUUUAUAGCAAAAAACAUGAAGUAGCGCAGGCGGAAUAUAUGAAACAAAUGCGCAUAUAUCGUGAACAACAGGAUGAACAACAGCAACAAUUAGCAAAUAAUGUUGCUAAUACUACACCGACGCCUGCUCUACAAACCAAACCGGCUGUUUUCACAAUAUCUCGUUACAACACAGACGGCAGCAUUAACAAUAACAUUGCCAAUAAUGUUGCCAGCAACAGUGAAACGAACGUAAGUGCCGCACCGGUGCAGACGGCAGCGCCAACUGCGGAAGUAAACAGUGCAGCGAACGAACCACCGCAGCCACAAAUUCAAAUGCUCAGUGAAGCGGGUGCUGUACAAAAAUGCACACGAGAGAAUUGCAAUAAACGCGCCAUCAUCAAUCCCGAUUGGGAGGAUGAAUAUUGCAGCAAUGAGUGCGUCGUCAUACACUGCCGCAAUGUGUUCAACGCCUGGGUGCAAUCGAAUCUUGAGUCGCGCAAGCAAUAACAGCGGGCUUAUUGUAGUGGCGGCACUGCGCCAAAAUAGGGCUCUUUCUUUCAGAAAUUUUUAAAAAAUAAUGGUUGUAAGGAGCGUCUCAAGCGAAAAGUGGAGAAAGGAGAGCAACUUCAAAAACCUUAGUCUGGAAAACAUUUUGCACUAACUUAUUGCGCACCAUUAAACUGCUGUAGACUUUUCAAAGCUGCCUAGUCCCAGGCAGUGCUAUCACCUAGAUUGUCUUAUCUGAUUAUUUAUAUUAAAACUCUAAGAUAAGUUUUCGAAAAGUAAUUUCGAAUUAUUUUAUUGUUCCAAGCUUUCCAUCAAAGUAAUUUCGGAUUAUUUUACUGUCCUAAGCUUUCCAUCAAAUCUUAUUAUAUUGACUUAUCUGUAAGUUAGCUAUAAGUUUAGCGUAUUAUUUAAGGACUUUUUUUUGUGUCUAAAGGCAUUUUGUGGAAACACAACGGAAAACUUGAGUUCUAAUUAAUAUUUAUUUUUAACUGCUAUUGAUGAGAGGUUAGUUCGAACCAAAAUAGUGAGAUUUUUAACAAAAAGUGUUCAAGGCUCAAUUUGAGAAAAAAUAGUGAGAGUAGAGAAUUUCCAGUUCCUUUGAGGAAUAUUGCAAAAGUGCACGUAAGAGCAACAGGUGUGCAAAACGUGUCGAAUAUAAUUAAUUAUCUAAUAAAACACUAUAUAAAUACUAAAUACUUUUGAGUUGUCCUAAAUUUGAACUCUACUUUUCAAAAAAUAACCGUUCUACCAAAUGUAAUAUUUCUUUUAUUUUAAAUUAGGCAAACGUAAUAUUCGUGUCUAGUUGCAUUGGGUUCUUGAAUGUAUACCUUUUCAAUUUUGUUACUUCAAACAUAUUUGUAUAUACUUACAAGCAACUAAUUAUAAACAAUCAUAAAAAAUUGAAAUAAAAACGAAAUUUAUUACUGAA